AUGGCUUCCUCCUCCUCCUCUUCGCCGUCGUCUACUUCCGUUCCUCCGCCAAUGAAACGUGAGAAGCCGAGAAACUGGGCGGAGAUGCCGCCGGAAUUGCUAUCUUCGAUUCUGCUCCGCCUUAGCGUGACUGAGAUACUGGACAAGGCUCAGAGAGUAUGCAGAUCGUGGCGACGCGUCUGUAAAGACCCAUUGAUGUGGCGGAAAAUCGACAUGAGAAACUCCGAAACCAUGGAUUACGAUUUCGAGGCGAUUUGCCGUCACGCCGUUGAUCGGAGCCAGGGCGGAUUGCUGGAGAUCAGAAUUGAAGGCUUCGGGAGCGAUUCUCUCCUCACCUACAUCGCCGACAGCAAUUUGAGAAGCCUAGCACUGAGGCCCAUACGGCUUGUGCAAGCAGUAGCAAAACUUCCUUUGCUUGAAGAGCUUGAGGUCUCACAGUCAUGGCGGAAACUGAAUUUGAAAGCUAUAGGCCAUUCUUGCCCACUGCUAAAGACAUUGAAGCUAAACUGUUUAGUUUAUAGGCGCUCUGCCAGAAAUUUGGAUAUAGAUGCACUAGCAAUUGCUGAAAGCAUCCCCAAGCUACGCCACCUCCAGCUUUUUGGGAACUGUCUUACAGACGUUGGCGUAAACGUCAUUCUUGACAAAUGUCCUCACCUGGAGGACCUUGAUUUACGCAAGUGUUUCAAUGUUAACUUUGUCGGGAAUCUAGAGAAGCGAUGUUCAGAGAGGAUCAAAAGUUUGAGACGGCCCGAUGACUCAAUCGCUGAUCCAGAUGAUGCCGUGGACAUACUAUAUAGCGGAGGGACGGACAAGGAGGAUUCGGACUAG